AUGAAAGCGAGCCACUAUGGACAAACUCGAAGCUUCCGCUUCGGCGCGUGGUCAUACUUGGGCCCCGAGCUCCAACGUCAGUUGCGACGCCGUCAGCACACUAUCAAAUACAAGUACAUGGAGUCGAUCAAUCGAAAGCUGUCUUGGGACCCAAAUUCGCGUGCUCAAGAUUCAAGAAUCGUGAUGAAGAAGAUGAUGGCACAGUGCUGGAUCAGGAACGGCCACACCCGCUCGAACGGAAGAUGCGUGAGAGAGGAUGAUAUAAAGAAGAGUGGAUCGAACAAUACUGCGGGCGCCCGGCCUGGCCAGAACAUAGAGGAUGUUGAGCGAAGCGCCAUCAAUUCUCUCUUUACCGGCAAGCGCGCUGGACCGUACGAGUAUGACUUGUGGCAGAGCCCUCUGCAGAACAUUCGCAACUAUCUCGGGAGCCAGAUCAGAAACAAGUCAACGGCCUCCAUCAGCAGAGAUGUCCACUCUGAAAUUGACCCCAUCACAAACAGAAAGAUUCACUCGUCACAUAUACCCCAAUCUGUCUUUGACAACUCUUCAAAGAAGGACGCUCAAGAACCCUUCUUCCCAGAUGGGGUUCCACCCGCUGACGAGCUCAAGCACUAUGGCAAUGUCACAGUUGACAGUGCCCCCUGGGCCGACGCCGGCUCCACCGGUGGAGUUGCGGGGACCCCGCAAUAUGCGGAUCUCGACAAGUACAAGCCAGUCAUGGAUGAGAAGCUUGACGCUCUAGAGCUUUCCGGAAAACCGCCAUACGACGACCUGGCAAAGUACAAGCCAGUAGGCCUCGAUGAGAUUGUGGAAGAGUCGGUCUCCGUUCCCAAAUAUGAGGAUCUUGGCAAGUAUUCAGACCUGGAUAAAUAUGGCCCAAUCAUGCACAACGAGAAGAAAGUGGUUGAAGAGACGCAACCCUAUGACGACCUACACAAGUACCGCCCGGUUAUGCACAACGAAAAUGCACAAGUCCCGGAGGCACUCGAACGGUAUUCAGACCUGGAUAAAUAUGGUCCAAUCAUGCACAACGAGAAGGAUGUCCUGGAAGAGGCGCAGCCCUAUGACGACCUACAUAAGUACGGACCAAGCGGUUUCAAUGAACCUGAAGGCCUGCGCCCUCGUAGUGCUGAGGAGAAGUCGAAGGAUUACGACGACCUCCACAAGUAUGGCCCACAAGCUUUCAACGAGCCUUCCGGGCUGCGCCCGAUGCAUCCUGAAGAAGCUUCCAAGGCAUACACGGACUUGGACAAAUACGGCCCCAUGACGUGGAACGAGCCUCAUGGACAGGCUCCCAUUCACCCUGAGUUGGCAUCCAAGGCGUAUACAGACCUUGAUCAAUACAACCCAAACGGUUGGAAUGAGCCGCAUGGACAGCCGCCGAUGCACCCAGAGGAGGCCUCGAAGCAGUACAAGGACCUGGACACAUACUCUCAGAAGUUCGACAGAGGUACUGCACCACCCCCAGAGGGAGUGAUUGCUGAGGUUGAGCCUGUAGAUGCGGCUAAGCACCAACCCAUUCAAUACGACGAGCCUGAGAGCCAACGUCCAAGGCCUGACUGGGAUCAGAAUACCUUUGAUGAGUCCAAGAAGUACCAAUCCUACCGUUACAACGAGCCUGACGGCCAGCCCGCCGAGGCGGUUGACCCUGUGUCCAAAGGUCUGAGUGACUUUGACGAGGAGAUCGCCGCCAAGGCGAACAGACGCAUCGCAUACAGUCGGGCGACAGAGCAGGAGAGGGCCGACGAUUUGGAUCUACUUCGCGCUAGCGACGUCCGAGCCAAGAUCCCGACGUCUUCUGGCCAGUCCCGAAGGGAAUAUAGCACGACGAACAGACAGGUGCUGGAGGCUGACCUUCCCCGAUAUGAAGUGAACUGGGAUAUGUCGAGCAGAGCUGCUCGUGUUGCUUUACGGAACUCCAAAAGCAAAGUCUGGGAUCACAUUCCGGCCAGGGAAGACAAGGCAGAGCUCACCGGAAACUAUGUGAGAGAUUUCCCCGAGGACUUUUCGGGGUCCUGGAACAACAUUGUGGCAGCUGCGGAGAGCCAGGCAGAGAACAGCAAGGGCCGGAGCGUCGGGCCGGACGAGGCUGAGGCAGCCUCUUUCGAUGAGAGUUUUCCCAGGUUGGAGCCAGCUCUGGACCGAUCAUCUGCUUCGACAUCGACCCGGUUUUCAGGCAAGAAGAGUCAGUCUGACUCGUACUCGAAAGAGCCGCAGGGCCUCGAGCUGAGCUACUCUGAGGAGACUGGCAGCAAGCAAACUUGGCCCGCCUACGUGCGAUCUUACGGCACGGUGGCCGAUGCUUCGGCCAAUACCCCGUUUCUGCCUGUUCGUGAGCCAACCAUCUACAAGAUUCUCGCGUACGACCCCACCAUGCAAGCCAUUAGCACGGCUGAGACUACGUCUGUUGUUCCAGACAGCGCCACACCGUUGACUCCGGCCGAGGUUCUCCUCCGCUUGUCGAACCCGACCAAGUUCUUCCCUUACUUUAGCACUCUACAGAGAGAAGGGUACGAGAUUGUAUCCGGAAGCGGAGAUGUCCUGGUCUUCCGCAAAGUCCGCGAGGCAGAGACGGCUCUGAAAGGGCAGACGACUGCUUCCUUCGCCCCUGUGAUCGAAAAGCCGACGACAUACAAGGCGCCAAAGGUGAACCCCAUCGACAUGAUGGGGAGCGACCCCGUAGUACCAAGCGCUUACUCUUCCAGUCCUACAGGCUACCUCAACUAUGAUUACCCCGGAGCGGAAACGACAGAAAAGCCCCCACCCCCGUUCAGCCCGGUAAGGAGACGGAACACGAUUUCCUGCGACAGCCAGGAUUUCGAGCCGCCUCGACGUCCGAAACGCAGCAGGGCCAAGAAGAUUGUCCUUGGCGCUGCCUGGGUCGGCGGGAUUUCUUAUGCGAUUGGUGUCGUUGGAGAGUACUUCACGACCGGGGGCAGCGACGGUAGGGGCCCUAAGGGAUUUUGA